GGCCCCGGGGGGGCCUCCGCCACCCACGCGGACCGGGGCAGACCGAGGUCGCUGCCCACGCUGACCCGGGCCUUCGCGGGCGCAGCCCCGGCUCCCUCAGGUGCAGGAAGCACCUGGGUGGAGGCCUCCUUCAGGAGAGCCAGAGAUGGCAUCAGUGGACUUCAAGACCUACGUGGAUCAGGCAUGCAGGGCUGCUGAGGAGUUUGUCAACGUCUACUACACCACCAUGGACAAACGGAGGCGUCUGCUGUCCCGCCUGUACAUGGGCACCGCCACCCUGGUGUGGAAUGGAAACGCUGUUUCAGGACAAGAGUCCUUGAGUGAGUUUUUUGAAAUGUUGCCUUCCAGUGAGUUCCAAAUCAAUGUGGUUGACUGCCAGCCUGUACAUGAUGAAGCCACCCCAAGCCAGACCACGGUCCUCGUUGUGAUCUGUGGAACAGUGAAGUUUGAAGGCAACAAACAACGGGACUUCAACCAGAACUUCCUCCUGACUGCCCAGGCUUCGCCUAGCAACACAGUGUGGAAGAUAGCAAGCGACUGCUUCCGGUUCCAGGACUGGACCAGCUAGUAGAGUAGGCUCAGUCCCAGCUCUGGAGGGAAACAGGCCUCAAAUGUGGGGACACGAGUUCCUUUCUGUUGUGGGCUGCACUGCCCAGGCUGAACUCCACAUUUGCUCAAGUCCAUGGAGCCCCUUUCUGAUUAUACUUAUUUGUCAUAGUUGCCUUUUCAUAGUAGUAAAAUUUUCUAUUUUUCUAGAGACCCUGGUUCUGGAAAUUCUGACAAGUAAAACAGUAAUACACAUGUU